AGAUACACCGCGCGAGUUAAUUGGCACAGAGACGCACACUACGAGGUCGCUGCAGCAGAGCCUUCCCUCUCUGCCUGCGCCGCGGCGUGCGUUCCGACAGUACCAGCGCGCCUCCCGUCGUGGGCACAAGUGAUUCGGCGAACGAGCAGGCGUGUUUGGUACGCGGUGCCUCUUUCAAGUCGAGUGUCGUCUUUGGAGAAACCUGUUGCUCUUACUUGGUUGUUCCCUAUUUGUCUCUGACAGCAGAAAAAUGACAGAGGAUUGUGAGACGGGCGAACAAUGCCUCGACCAUGAAACGGGCGAGCACUGCGCUGCCUUCACGUCUAAUCAGGUGCUAGUGGCGACGGACGCGGAGACGGGGGAGCGCGAGUGGCGGAACGCUUCGCGGGCGGCGCCGUCGUCGGGCUGCGGGACGCACACGUUCCACGUACCGCGCUCGCUGCUGGCCGAGGAGGACGCGGCGCCGUUGGAGGACGGCCGGUACCGGGCGUACUUAGCGUGCGUCGGCGUCGCACUGAUUGUCUUUCCCUCUGUCACAGUGGCCGCGUGCUUCUUGAGCGAGGUGCUGCUGCACUGCUGGCACCACCGGCUGGUGCGCAAGGGUGCUCGACGCCGCCACCUGCCCUGUCUUCUGCAGCCCAUGCAGCAGCUCGUAAGUGCGUUCUGUGCAGACUGCCAAGCUGACCGCUUCUACCGCACCGUCGACCAGAAGCGCAGGAACCGCAAGUUGAACAAGAACGCCCAAGUGCUGCUCACCGGCUCCGUCUCUUGAGCUCCAGCCUCCGCGGUGACCAAUUCGGUGCAUUUUAUUGAAAAAUAAAUUAAUAAAUGCAAGAGGGAAAUUAUAUCUCCUUCAUAGGAGGUCAAUCGAAAGCGACCCUCUGGCUCUCUGGUCUUUCAGAGUUUUCGAGCGCGGUUGGUUUUGUACAUUUUUCUUUUCUUCAAUACUCAUUUCGAUGAGUUCAGAGAUGCAUUUUGUUUGUACAGUCUGUGUUUCUGUGCUGUUCUUAAGGUUCCUCCAGGUGCAAGCCCUCUCCUUCUGUGGUGGCGUGCUUAACUUAAUAUUUCAAUUAAAUGUUGUAUUGGUUAAGAAAAUUUAUUGUGCUUUAUAGUUGCAUUGUUUGAGAUCUGAUCACGUUCGUGCCAAAAUGUAGAAAUGUAAUGUUGCUAUUUUUGUAAAUUUUGCAGCACAAAAUCUUGUUUCUUCAGACUGAUAACAAGGGUAUGAAAUCUGUUGACCCAAAAUAAAAAGUUUUUGAUAAACCCAAAAACCUCUUUCUUGAUUGAUGCCAAACUUGCUUGAGCUUAUAAAGAGAGAAAUAUUUUCAAAGGAAUGUUGUUUUAUUUAAUUUUUAGUAAAUCUGCUUAACACCAUAAGAAUAAAAUUUUCUCUAGUUGAAAAUUUAAAAAUACAGUUUUAAUAUAAGAAAAUGUAGUUUUAUAAAUAUUUCUUUCUAAAAUUUUAAUUCAGUUGAUACUUACAUUGCUAACUCUCCUAUCAUUCCAAGAUAUUUGAGAAUUUCCUAAAAUGACAACAGUUUUAUUGUGUGGCGUGCAUUCACAACAUUAGCGAUUAUGUAAAUUAUUUUUUAUCAAUUGAAAUUUUUUCCGUGUGUAGAUUUUUAACAAACAAAU